AUGCCGCUUCUGAACCCUCAGCUUCAGUCGCGCCUUUUUCGCCUCCCCAGGGAACUUCGAGAUCUCAUCUAUCACUAUUACCUGUUCAACGAAGACGGCCUGGUAUAUAAUUUCGAAACCAACAAGCUUCCUGUCGAUCUGUCGUUGACGUAUACAUGUCGUGUGGUCGCACUGGAGCUUCGAGGCCUUGCCUUGCAGCUCAACAAGAUCGUCUUCCAAACAACCUGCACGAAUGCCAUGCAAACGCAUGCGUAUAUGUUCCACAGAGCGCUCAUCAAAUUACACGCCCUCAGAUUCGAUCUACUCAAUGUCCAAGCUCCGCGGCUAAUGACUGGAGCAAUCGAGAAAGAGGUAUCCCUCAAGUAUCCACAGUUCUCACCGAUCCUUUCAAAACUGGGCACACUAAGUGGAUGCGCGUACACCUUGGGAGAGCCACCUUCGACGUACCGCGACUUUGUUCACUUCACUCUGAAUCUCUUGUAUGACCGCAAGCACCACCCCAAACUGGACGGGAAGCGUUCGGAACGCCAACGCCGAAGUCUCCGAGAAGUGAAUCCCGUACCCUGGUUGACGCCUAACGAGGGCAGACUCCCACAUCAACUAGUCGACAUAACCAAGACUAAUAAUCGUGUCGGGACUGUGAAACACUCCUUGUCAGCAGCAGCAUGCGCAAUACGUUUCCUUCGGUCUCUCCGCAUCGAGACGCGUGAGAGCGUGCGACAGAUCGAAUCCAUCGAGGACCGAGAGUCUAUCUCAUUCCCAGAAUGCCAUGGCAGGGGGUUUAUACCAUUUUGUCGUGCGCACCCAAAAUUGCGCGUUCAUAGGCGUGUCAGUCUCUGGGCAAACGCGUUCCCUGUAACCAAAAUAUUACGGUAUAUGCCAGGCGGGCGAGACUUGGAAGGCGACCGUCUUGACUCCAACUACGUUUCAAGGGCGGUUGCGAAGUGGAUGGCAGAAGCAUCUACAUUGCCCUCCCUGGGUAUGCCCGAGGGCUCUUUCAAGCUAACCUUCGAAUGCGACUCCGCCCCAGAGGAGACUACGCGAGUCUUCGACAUCAUACAGCGAGAUGCCGCCUGGCAAACUGCCAUGGACCUGAGUUACGCACGGCAUCUUCUACCACAGCCCGAUUGGCGCAUGCGCAGACUCCGCAACGCAUACGUAUACGAGACCUUCCCGGAGCUCCUGGAGCAAGUUACCAAUGGUGAUCACCCUUUUAUUCAUUGCGACUUCCAACCAGGCACCGUGUGCGAUCCGGAGGAGAUUAUGCGCGAGCGGAGGGGCGACUCACUGCAGCAAUGGCAUGUAGCCUGGCUCAAUCAUACGCCUAGAGAGUUCCAAACACCCUCCAAUAUGCCGCCGUGGCAUGUACUACGCGCUGGCUUUACUAUCUGGGACGUUUGGGGAGGAAGGCGAGUUAACGGUUAA